AUGCACUGCAACGUUACGUCAAUUAAAAAACAUAAAGAAGAAAUAUGUGCGCGCUUUAAUAAAUUUGAUAUACUUUCAAUCAACGAGACCAAUCUCAAACCAGAUAAUCUUUUUUCCCUCCCAGGUUAUAAAAUCUUUAGAAACGAUAGACCGGAUAGACAAGGAGGUGGAGUACUACUUGCCUUACGCAACAAUCUAAUAUGUCAUGAAAAAUUAAACAAGACAAUUGAAAACAAUGAAGGAAUUGCAGUUCAAAUAGAAACACCACUUGGACACCUUCUCAUAGCUUCUAUUUAUAUUCCACCUAAUAAGAACAAAUGUAAAAGAUCGUCAACUACAACAAGUUCCCAACAAGUUCUUGAUGAUGGUUUUCUUCAAUGCAUUGAUAAUGAUCUCACUACCUAUGCAAGAAACAACUAUGAAGAAAAAAUCGAUUGGAUUCUUGCAAGUCAACCUACCAUUCUAUUUAUUGACAAUGUCGAAACAGAAACACCACUCGGCCUUAAAGAAGACCACAAACCGUUAACAUUUAAUUUGAAUAUGACAGCUGAUAAUAAACCAUCUUCUCCUAGAUUAUCCUUCAAUUUCAAAUCAGCAAAUUGGCAGUUGUAUCGGAAAACAUUAAAUGAACUACUAACGUAA